UAAAACUGUUAUAAAAUGCACUGCCUAACCUGAAAAAAAUAUGUUUAAUAUUCCUUGUUGCAGGAAAUGACGAGAUCAAGCGUGGAAUUCUACUGAUUCUCUAUGGCGGUGUUGACAAGACGACCAUGGAGGGCACAUCUCUCAGGGGGACAUCAAUGUUUGCAUCGUUUGCGACCCCAGUACCGCCGAGAGACAGUUUCUUAAGUGUGGAGCACGUUGACCCCUGAUCACCUCGGAGGCCAAGGAGUUGACACACAACAUCUGUGUCAGAGUGACAGCACCAAGCCAGCCUGGUGUAUCAUUGUCAGGCAGCUAGAAACCAUGCUCCGACUGUCUGAGGGCAUGGCCAGGCUCUGCUGCUCAGAUGAGGCUGGUGCAUCCCAAACGCGUAAAGUAGGCCUUCUGACUGCUGAAUAAGUCUGUCAUCAGUGUCGACUCCCCAGACAUCAACUUCGACCAGGAACAAGACGACAAUGGGGAAAUGAAUGAAUGACUUGAUAGAUGAGGCUGUGAAGGGGACAAACGGCACUAAUGGCCAUCAUGCAGAGGAGGCUAUGGACAUAGACCAUGGGGCAGGCAGACCUGAGAAGACCAGCACUGCCAAGCCUGCUCUCAAAAUGACCUUCGCUGAGUAUAGGAGGGUCUCCAACCUCAUCAUUCUGCACAUGCAGAAGAUGGAUGAUACUAAGAGUUUAAACAAACUGAAAGGAUCCUUUAUUUUCAAUUUAGUUGAAUUAAAAGGAUACUAGUUUUGUCAACGUUUAACAAAAUGUUUCAUUCUUACAGUUGACGAAGAGUCCUCACUGACGAAGUGCAAGCUGAUUUAACUGGUACCUGAAAGAGAUGAAGUGAGAUCGAGUCAGAAGCCGAGAUGGUUGCCAAGAAGUAUCUGAUUAAGAAAGUGCUUCAGAGACUAAUCCAUUAUGAGCACAUCAUCAUAGAGUUAACGAAGACUGGGCUGAAGAAAGUUGGUGUUGAGGGAGAGGAACCUGUGGAGGAAGAGGACCCCUUCUUAGUGGUCAUCGCCAAUUACAUCCUGGAAGACUAGAUGAUGAUUCCACCUGGGGACUGCUUAUAUGCGGGAAGGAAGAGAAGGAAGCCCAUCCAAAAACAAAAACAGACAGCGGCCAGCCAGAAGACCAACCCGUCUAAGAGGCACCGUGACCGUUUGAAUACAGAGCUGGACCGGCUGGCCAGUCUCCUACCCUUCACCCCGGACAUCAUCUCCAAACUGGACAAGCUCUCCGUGCUGCGCCUCAGCGUCAGCUACCUCCGGGUCAAGAGCUUCUUCCAAGCCAUCCAGGAGAAGCCAUGCAGAAAGCACAUCAUGAAGCCGCAUUUGAACCACCAGGAUACCAGGAAAGAGAGCCUGCCCAUUGGAACCCCGGGGACCAGCAUCAGCUUGGUAGAGAGGGACCUCUUACUGGAGUCCUUGACUGGUUUUGCCUUGGUGGUGAGCACAGAUGGGUUGAUAUUCUACGUCUCCACCUCCAUUGUUGACUACCUGGGCUUUCAUCAGACGGAUGUGAUGCACCAGAAUGUAUUUGAUUAUAUACAUGUGGAGGAGCGGCAGGAGUUCAGAAGACAGCUCCACUGGGCCAUGAACCCCGGGCCCCAGGGGGCGUCCCUGGACCAGCACUCGGCCACAGUAACUGAUGAUGACUUUGUGAUGAGCAGUCUCUUUAAUGCCAUGGAGCCUGACGGUGUUCCUCUAGAGCUCACCUCUUUCCUGACUCGCUGUUUCAUCGCCCGGGUCCGCUGCCUAUUGGACGGCACCUCAGGCUUUCUGAGCAUGCAGUUCCAGGGCAGCCUGAAGUUCCUGCAGGGCCAGAUGAAGAAGACAGAGUCCGGGGCACUGCUGCCUCCCCAGCUGGCCCUGUUCUGUGUGGCCGUGCCCCUCGUGAUGCCCUCCAUCACAGAGCUGAAGAUGAAGAACAUGACGGCCAGGAGCAAGAACAAGGGCCCCGUCAUCACCACACCGGAAAAGCACAGUUCCCACAGUGACAAGAGGCAUUGCUCCUCCAGAGGCUCAUAUGACAGCAGUGACUUACUGUUUCUGAAUUGGUCCAGCAGCACUACCAGAGAACCCUGCCACUACACCCCAUGGACACCCCUCUCCAAAGACGGCACCAGGUACAAGAACAACAGCUACUACACCCAGGAGGAGCCCCUAAACUUCUGCCUAUCCUCCAUGAGUGGUGGGCCCAAAGCUCAGAGCAUGGAUCAUCCAUGGGACAUCCGCACAGGGUCCGCCUUGCGAAAGGGUCCCAGCGGCACCAACACACCAGGCAGACAAAGCAAGUACAAUCACCUGGGGAAGACUAGAUCCUACAGGAUGUCUCCAGGAUAUCACGCUAACAGACAGGAUGCAUCUCAGAACAAGCUGUAUGGAGGCCUCCACAGCCCUGAGGUGGAGAGCUACUGCGAAGAUCACAUGAAGACAGACAACCGGUACAUGGGCGGCCAUCUUGACUGUUACAAUGGCAUGGUGUUGCCUGAGACGGCCAUAAAAACAGAGCAGGACUCUGACUCAGAAAACGGUUGCAAUAUCUACGGCAUGCCCCAAAAUAGAGCCUGGGUGGGGAACGAAAAGCGCUACAUGGGCUACUCAGAAGAACCACAGGUGAAGUCAGAGGCUGACUACUAUGAACAAUACACCACCUGCCAAAAGAACAAGACCAACAUGAGCCCAACGCUCAAUGGACACCAUAAAUACUUAUAUACAGCAGGGAACAGGGCUCAGAAGGAUCAUAGGAUACCACACUCAGACACUCUGUGUAGCAGUCAGGGAGAAAACUGUAUGGACAUCAGUGUAUAUGGCUACAUGCAGCAAGACAACAAACUGAACUACGAGUUCAGGAAUCACCUGGUCCACGCUAUAAAGAGGGAACCCAUGGACUCACCUCCUUGGUCUGACAGUGGCCAUGACAUUAGCCAAAUACCCAUGCAGAGAAGUAUGAUUCCUAACUCGGCAAUGAAUGCUAUUGUAUACAAACCAAACCCAUAUAUCUACAUGCAAUGAGCUCAAGGGACAAUCUUAAAAACCAUCUGGACUCCACCUUGCUUCUUUAUUGUAUUGAUUCUUAAAAUAGCAGGGUGGGUAGUUAUUUAUACUCAACUCAGGUAAUCAACAGUGUUACAAAGCAUAAAGAUAUGGAAGCAAUGGAGAUAUGUUUUUAUAUGACAUGAAUAUGAGUAUGACAUGCAGAACCUACUACAAUUCACAUGAGUUCCACAUUUGUUUUUAAACACAUUUCAUAACUUCUCGUUUUUAAACCAAGCCAUGUCACCCGUCAUGUCAAAUUAACUGUAUUUCUAUUCAAUGCAUUUUACCGUAAAGGGAACAGAAAAUACAUGCAUUGAUUAAUUCAAUUGGGGGCUCCUGAGUUGCGCAGUGGUCUAUGGCACUGCAUCGCAGUUCUAGAGGCAUCACUACAGACCCUGGUUUGAUCCCGGGCUGUAUCACAACCGGCUGUGAUUGAGAGUCCCAUAGGGCGGCGCACAAUUGACAAAGCGUCGUCCGGGUUAGGGGAGGGUUUGGCCGGGGUAGGCCGUCAUUGUAAAUAAGAAUAUGUUCUUAACUGACUUGCCUAGUUAAAUAAAGGAUAAAAAAAACACAAAUUAAAAGUAAUUUAUUUUUGAUUGAUUAUUCAGAUGAACAUAAAAAUCCUACUAAUUUCUUUGCUUUGGUUUAUAAUGUGAUUGAUGCUUCAAUGUCCAUUGAGUCAUGAACCUUUAUGAAUGAGAUACUGUAUCUUCAUUGUUUUUAUUCAUGACAGGUUGAAUUAAUGUAUUAUUUUAACAGUGAGUUUGUCCGUUUUGUCUUAUAAAACAGUGUUACAAAUGUAAAUUAAACAAAGCUUCACCUAACAGCCAUUUACAAACAUUAAUGUCUAAGAUGCUCUCUGAGCAUAAUAAUGUAAAAAUGUAUUACACAGAAAUGCCGUUAAUUUAAGUUUGUGGUCCAAUGUAAUAUUAUUUGUCAAUGUUUGUAAAAUUGUAGUACAUUCAAAAGAAAUGUUAGAAAAUGUAACUCUGUUUUAUGAAGCCAAUUUGUUAUUAUAUUUUGAAAAGGAAAAAAUAUUUUAAACUAUGACAUGUCCCCUUAUGCAUUCCAUAGCUGCAUGCAGCAGUCUCUACAGCAUUCUUUCAUGCCGUUAGUUUUUUUUAAAGAAAGCUUUCCAAGCUCUUUCGCGUGCAUUUGUCUUUAUUUAAAACUAUUAUGCAAAUGUUAAAAUAAUGGAAUUCCAGACUUUUUUUUAACAACUGUUGGUAAUGCUUUUUAUUGUGUAUUUAUUGUAAGUACUGUACACUGAACAGGAGAGAAACAAAGGUUUAUCGUAAUAUAUUGAACCAAUAAAUAAAUAGAACAACCUGCAUGUUGCACUGUAGGCACAUUUUACAGAAGGAUUACAUGCAUACAAGUUUCAGAUAUCAAUUGAAUUCAAUAG